AUGGGGGAAUGGGGGGUGGCUGGGUGGGAUUGGAAGCUGCGGUGGAGGAGAAAUCUGUUCGUGCAUGAGCAGCAUAUUUUUGAUAGUUUACUGCAGGUGAUUUCUUCAGUUCAGAUUCAGAGGAACGUGAAGGACUCAUGGCUCUGGAAGUGUGAACUAGAGGGGAGAUAUUCAGUGAAAUCAGCAUACUUGGCUCAAUUCCCUCAUGUUGACAGCAACAUUUUUUUCAAGGAGCUGUGGAAGGGUUUGGCUCCUUCCAAGGUUAUUUGCCUUGCGUGGAGAGUUGCUCUCAGAAGGCUGCCAACGUUGGAUAAUUUACUCAGGAGAGGAGUGGCUGUGGACAGCAAUAGAAAUGGUGCAUGCUUCUUUUGUUCUCAGCAGUUGGAGAGUGCUGGACAUCUUUUCUUUGGAUGCAAUGUCUCAUAUAGGAUAUGGAUGAGCUGUUAUGGAUGGUUAAGGGUGGAAACAGUAUUACCAAUUGACCAUAACAUUCACCUUGCGCAUCAUGAAAUGUGGGGAAGAAACAAAAAACAAAGGUUGUGCUGGAAAACAAUUUGGCUUGCUGCUAUUUGGAGCAUUUGGGUUCACAGGAAUGCAGUGGCUUUCAAAGGCGAACAAGUAAAUUUGGAAGAGGUAGUGGAUAUGGUGAAAUUGAGGUCUUGGUUGUGGCUCAAAUCUUUGAUGCAAAGCUUCAAAUCAUCUUUCUACGAGUGGGACAAGGAGCCUCUGAUCUGCAUGAUGGGGAGCUAA